CGCGCCGCGCCGCACAUCGUCGCCAACGCGCGCAGUCGCGCCGCCGUGCCGCCCGCCUUCCUGCGCAUGCUGCAGGGUCUAGGCAGCCCGGUCCAAGUCCGCGGCCACCCGGGCUGGGCGGGCCACGUGGACACGAGCUACGACGCGCGCACUCACACGGACCCUGUGCCGCCCACUGAGCCCGCGCCCGCCAUGUACGACGCCAGGGAACAGGUGCUCUACUGGUCAGACUCGACGAAUGAGAUAGCGUUCGUAGUACCGUCGGGCCGAGAGAGUUUGGACAGCGAGGAUCGGAACGACAGCAUUAAGUCUGAAGUUGAUGGUACCUGCUUAUCUAAUCGGUCGGAGAAAGGCGCGGGGUCAUGUUGGGACGUGUCGGGCGGGGGCGGGGUGUCGGCGCGCCGCUGCGGGCUCGUGCGCGUGCACUGCGCGGGCGCCGGGCAGGGCGCCGGGCCGGGUGGCGCCGCGGGCGCCGCUAACGGGGUGCUCGCCGACGGCGCCCUGCUGGCGCCCCGCCUGCUGCCCGCCACGCUGCGCCGCGCUGCCAUAGACGCGGCGCGACGGACCAGACUCAAUACUGACCUGUACCAACCUCCACACGUGCGCCGUCGCCACUUAAUCCAGGAGCUAGCUCAGCAAUAUAAGAAGGACCUCACAGAACCAGAACUUCUUGAAUCACUGUUCAGGAAUCCAUAAAUAUUACACACCAGCCUAUCAAGCCAACCUCUUUGCCAAAUACGAUUUUCAACCUUAUUUGUUUGGGAUAGUGUUGAAUAUCUAUUAAUAAUGUAGGGUGGUCUGAUGUGCAGACGUAUAACGCGAGGGAUGCCGUAGCCUAAAUUAUCAACAAAAAAAUAUCAAGCUUGUUAGAUGCAAGUCAUAUUUUUACACUUAACUUUUAUAGCACGGCACAGAAUAUUGACAUUGGUUUUGUCCAAAUAUAAACUACUAUUUGUGAUAAUACUGCCGUCUAAAGAAAAUUGAUACUUAUUGCAUGUCGAUGUAGAGCUAGUUUAGCUAAUCACAGUCAUCUGUAACAUUGAUAAUGGGUUGAAAGCUAUUACAUAAAAAGCCUUAUUUACAUUGAAAUAAGAUUGAUUUCCGCUUAGCUCUUAGUGGAAUCAUAGAAUACAGCUAAUGUUUUUAUCAAAUAAAAACAAGUUUGUACUGAGGCUCUAAUUUACAAAUACUACUAUAGUAUCGGUUUAUAUUUGGUAACUGACCAUAACCAUAUGGAUAUGGGUACUGAAUGACUUAACCUCGUCCUCUAUUCGGUAUUUAGCUAACUCACAAUAUAUUAAUAAAUUUAAACGUAUUUAUUUUUUGCCUAAGAAAAUAUUUUAAUUUUUGCUCUCACUAGAUGGCGCUAAUGAGACCUCACGCCCAGUUCGCCUAAUCAUAGUAGCUCUCAAUGUUUAAAUGAUGACUUAAUAGUAAUAAUAGUCCUUAUUUGGCACUUAGCAUGCCAUAAUAGUCUAAAAACGAAAGGCAAAUACUUAAAUUCAUAAUGUAUGAUCUUGAUUUUUGACUCACAUUCAACGAGUAAUGUCAAAAAUCGACAUCAGUCCGGAAGACAUUCGAUUGAGAUCGGUUAUUAACUAUAGUAAGCUGAUAUUUUCUUUUUAUUGUUAGAAUUAUGUUCUCGAAAUAUAACCUCGAAGUUAUAACGAUAUAUUUUAGCAGUAUUUAUUAUACUUAAGACUGAUACAAUGCAUAAACCAAUGAAAUGUAAUCGUUUAGUUAACAUUCCAAUUUCGAAUACAGUAUUUAAUUUUGCAUAAUCUAUGUACUUAAUUUAAUUGUUAUAUUAUAAUAAAUGU